UUACCCUUUCCCUGCCUGUAGCUUUCUUUUUCUUUUUUUUUUUUAAAUAUAAAACACAACUGCCUCCGCAAUGAGUGACAAAGACAAGCUGAAAGAUGUCUCUGCUAAGCAGGAUAUCCCUUCCUCCAGUGAGUUGGCUCCAAAAAUUGCAGCUACUCCCUGUACCACCUCCGACCCGCCGUACACCUUUUGUGUCUUCAAGGAGGAGUCCCAGCUGAAGAUUAUCAAAAGCCUCAUCGAGAAGGAGCUCUCCGAACCCUAUACCAUUUACACGUAUCGCUACUUUGUCUACAACUGGCCAGAUCUCUGUGUUUUCGCUUUGGUAAAGGAUCGCUAUGUGGGCGUGAUUGUGUGCAAGCUAGAGAUGCUGUUGCCAGGGGUUAAGCAGGGCUACAUUGCCAUGCUGGCGGUGGAUGUGGCGUACAGGAAGCGGGGAAUCGGAAAGGCUCUCGCCACAAUGGCCAUCGAGAUGAUGGCCGUGAAGGAUGCAGCCAUUGUUGCCCUGGAAACGGAGAUAACUAACAAGGCGGCACUGGCUCUCUACGAGAGUCUUGGCUUUGUCCGUGAACGACGAAUGAUGAAUUAUUAUAUGAACGGCACGGAUGCCUUUCGUCUGAAGCUGGUGCUCCAUGGGUCCCUAAACUUGCGAAACAGUGAGGAUUAGUAUAGUGAACUAGUUUGUUUUUGUUUUUGUUUUGAGUGUUAAUGAAUGCAUUUGACGAUC